AUGUCUUCUGAAAUUACUGAAGAAAAGAUUACUAUUGAAGAAGUUAGUAGUACUAGCAAAGUGAAAAAUGAAAAGCCCGUCGAACUGAUAGAACAUAAGCAUGUUGAAAAUGUUGAAGAACUUUCAGAAGAAUUAGAGGAGUUGAUCAAAACUGAUCCUAGUAAAGGUUUAACAUCUGAAGAAGCUAAAGACCGAUUAGAAAGAUUUGGUCGUAAUGAAAUUGCUGAAGUUAAAACAAAUCCUUUCUUAAAGUUUUUGUCUUAUUUCACUGGCGCUAUUGCUUAUUUGAUUGAAUUAGCUGGCAUAUUUGCUGCUGUUGUCCAAGAUUGGCUUGACUUUGGUGUUAUUGUGGCUUUACUUAUUGUAAAUGCUUUCAUCGGUUUCAUUGAAGAAGCUCGUGCCGAAAAUGCUUUGGACGCUUUGAAGCAAACUCUUGCCUUAAAAGCUAAAGUUUGGCGUGAUGGUCAAUUCGUUGAAGUUGAUACUGCUGAAUUAGUUCCUGGUGAUGUCAUCGGUCUUCGUCUUGGUGAUAUUGUUCCUGCUGAUGCUCGUUUACUUGGUCUCUCGGUAACUGGUAAUGAAACUGAUGCUCAUCUUUCAAUUGAUCAAUCUGCUUUGACUGGUGAAUCUCUACCUGUGGAAAAAGGAAAGGGUGCUACCGUUUAUUCUUCUUCUAUAGUAAAACAAGGUCAAAUGUUGGCUGUUGUUACAAAAACUGGUGGUGAUACUUUUGUCGGUCGUGCCGCCAAUUUAAUUUCUAUCACUGUUGAACAAGGACAUUUUCAAAAAAUUGUUAAUGCUAUCGGAAACUUUUUAAUUUUAAUUACUGUUGUAUUGGUCGGAAUUAUCUUUAUUUAUCAAAUGGUUAUAUUCCGUGGAACUCCAAACGGUAACUUCCUUGUGGUUAUUGGUAAAUGUUUGGUCCUUACUAUCGCCGCCAUUCCUGUUGGUCUUCCUACUGUAUUAUCUGUCACUAUGGCUGUCGGUGCUAAACAACUUGCCGCUAAAAAAGUUAUCGUUAAACGUCUUACUGCUGUUGAAGAAAUGGCUUCCGUUUCUGUUCUUUGCUCUGAUAAGACUGGUACUUUAACUCUUAACGAACUUACCUUUGAUGAACCUUAUUUAUCAAGUGGUUAUACAAAAGAAGAUAUUUUACUUUAUUCUUACCUUUCUGCUGAACCUGGUGCUAAUGAUCCUAUUGAAUCUGCCGUUCGUACUGCUGCUGAAGAAGCACUUGAUAUUCUUAAAAAUCGUCAAAAUAAACAUGAAGUUCCUGGAUAUAAAGUUACCGCUUUUGUUCCUUUCAAUCCUACUACAAAGAUGACUAACGCUACUGUCGUUAAUCUUGAAGAUAAUUCUGUAUUUAAAGUGGCUAAAGGUGCUCCUCAAGUCAUAAUUAAAUUAGUUGGUGGUGAUGAUGAUGCUGUCCGUGCUGUUAAUGCUUUGGCUGCUCGUGGUCUUCGUGCUCUUGGUGUCGCUCGUACUACUGGUGAUAAUGAUAAUUAUGAAUUGGUCGGUAUGAUUUCUCUUCUCGAUCCUCCUCGUCCUGACUCUGCUGAAACUAUUCGACGUUGUAAUUCUUAUGGUGUCGAUGUUAAAAUGAUUACUGGUGAUCAAUUAAUUAUUGCAAAAGAAGUAGCUCUGAGACUUGGAAUGGAUCGUGUAAUUCUUGACGCUAAUCAUUUAGUUGAUCCUGAUAAGACUGAAGAAGAAGUUACUGCUCAUUGUAAACGUGCUGAUGGUUUUGCUCAAGUUAUUCCUGAACAUAAAUAUCGUGUCGUUGAGUUAUUACAAAAGAGCGGUCUUCUUGUUGGUAUGACUGGUGAUGGUGUUAAUGAUGCUCCUGCUUUAAAGAAAGCUAAUGUUGGUAUCGCUGUACAUGGAUGUACUGAUGCCGCCCGUUCAGCUUCUGAUAUUGUAUUAUUAGCUCCUGGUCUUUCUACUAUUGUCGACGGUAUCAUGACUUCACGUGCUAUUUUCCAACGUAUGAGGUCUUACUCCCUUUAUCGUAUCACUUCCACCGUACACUUUUUAAUGUUCUUCUUCUGUAUUAUCCUUGCUGAAAAUUGGGAAAUGAGAACCAUUCUUUUAAUCUUAAUUACCUUAUUAAACGAUGCUGCCACUCUUGUUAUUUCCGUCGAUAAUACAAAGAUUUCUGAAAGACCUGAUAAAUGGCGUCUUGGACAAUUGAUCACCUUAUCAAUAGUUUUAGGUAUCUUUUUGACUGCUGCAUCUUUCGCCCACUUUUACAUAGCACAUUAUGUAUUCGGUAUUCCAAAGGAUGCUAGUGAUCCAGAUAAAAGAAUGGAAACUAUUAUGUAUCUUCACAUUUCAUCAUGCCCACAUUUUGUAAUCUUUUCUACUCGUCUUUCUGGAUUUUUCUGGGAAAGCCUUCCUUCACCAACUUUCUUUAUUGCCGUUAUGGGAACUCAAAUUUUUGCCAUGUUUAUUUCUAUCUAUGGUGUUCUUACACCAGCAAUUGGCUGGGCUUGGGGAGUUGCUAUUAUUGGAGUAUCACUUACCUAUUUCUUAGUCUUGGAUCUUGUCAAAGUUAUAAUAUUUAGGUAUUGGUCAUUUGAAUUUACUGCUAAAGUAUGUCCAACACCUGCACGAAAACAAAAAUUAAGAGCUCGUAAAGAACAAAAAGUUUUUACCGAAAAAGUAUCUCACAAUGUUGCAAAAGUGAGAAAAAUUGUACUUAUGUCAAAG